AUGGGUCACUGUUACAAAGGUGCGCAAGAACCAACAAGAGCCAAAGUCUCCUAUGAAUUAGCAGGCAGGCUAUUAGGGAACGACGAAAAAUCCAAAGACCAGUUACAGAAAGAUAUAGACUCUCUUGAUUACUCCGUGCUGCCAAGACAUCCUCCAGACAAACCAGGUAUAUCUCUAUCUAGUGGAGCUAAACUAGCUAUGCCGUCCCUAUCAAAGCUACUUAAAAUCACCGAGGAUGAAACAAAGGGUCGAUUUGCUGUGGCAAAUUCAGCAGUUAAAACUGGAGAUGUUCUUCUGAUAGACAGCCCCUACGCAGCUUGUCUAUUAAAUGAUUUUUAUGGUACACAUUGUCUACAUUGUUUCAAAAGGCUAGAUGAUUGUGAAGAUCGUGCACCCGUUUGGUGCCCAAAAUGUUCAGGAGUUGCUUUCUGUAGUGUAAAAUGUAGAGAUACAGCCGUUUCCACUUACCAUACUUACGAAUGUCCUUUCUUAGGUUUAUUCAUUGGAUCUGGCAUGUCGGUGCUAAGUCAUAUUGCUCUGCGUAUGGUCACUCAAGCUGGACUAGAUACAAGUCUUACAAUUCAUUCAAAACAUUUAUUCAAUGACGUCAAAACAGUUGAAAGUGUAGCUCUAAAUGACAUUGAAGGAAUGCCAAAGAAAUCAAAACUGAAAAGCAGAAAAGAAAGACUAAAUCGAUCCAGGAAGGGUCUCAAUACAUUAAACGACAACAACACCAGAGACCAAGAAAAUGACUCUAAGCCGGACGAAAAACUCAAUUAUAAUGAACAAUUACUACUAAGAGCAGCCCAAGUAUACUCACUAUGCACGCAUUCAAGGCAAAGAAAAGGGGAUGAUUAUCUAAAAAGAAUCGUGAUGGCGAUGUUUCUUACGGAAUGUUUAAAAAGAACUGAUUACUUCAAAAACUGCGAGGAAACAAAAUUACAAAAAGCUGAACAAUCAAUAUGCGAACUUAUAGUUUGCAACCUACAGCUUCUACAGUUUAACGCUCAUGAAAUCUACGAGACAGUCCGUGGUCAACACAUGUUCGUUGGAUCAAAGCCUGUGUACACUGCAGUCGGUAUAUAUCCUACUGGCGCUUUGUUCAAUCACGAAUGCUAUCCAGCAGUAGCAAGGUACUUCGACGGGUCGAACAUAGUUUUUCGGGCUACCAGACCACUUGCAAUAGGUGAAAUCGUGUCUGAAAACUAUGGACCACAUUUCUUAAUGCGCAACCUGAAAGAGCGACAAAGAAGUCUGGCCUGCAGAUACUGGUUUAAGUGCGAUUGUACCGCGUGCAAAGAAGACUGGCCAACUUUGAAACAAAUGAGUAUCAGCGCUCCUUUCUUAAGAUGCCCUAAUAUUGAUUGUUCGUGGAAGUUUAUAGCAAAUCCCAAGAGUUUACCCAACAAGUGUUCUAAAUGUUCUGUAACUAUUGAUAGAAACUUGGUAAAAGUGUAUUUGGAGACAGUGGAAAAUUGUUUAUCAAAAUACCAGGAAGGAGCUAAUCUGAUGGACGAACAACGGCCUCUGGAAGCUAUAGAUGUUUUAAACGAAGCUGUCGACUUGUACCAUGAAGUAGCAUGCAUGCCGCAUCGCGAGACUCAUAUUGCACAAGAAUCGCUGCGUUCUUGCUUCGCUACUAUGGGUAACGUGCAUGUUAUAAAAGAGAUGGCGGUAGCCGAAAUGAAAACGUAG